AUGGAAGCAAAGGCAGCGGAUCUUCUCGCGGCCUUCAAAAACCCCAAUGUCUCCAUUGACUCCCGAGUGAACCACCUCACUAGCAUCAAGUCCGAUAUCAAACAGAAAAACGUCCCCGAGGGUGCCAUUCCGACAUUGUUCGAGGCCAUCCGACUCGCCAUCACUUCUCAGCACUAUUCCGUCUCUAGCGCUGGCUUUUCCACUCUUGGCCAUUUCUUGAAGCGGCUUUCGAUCCAAGACCAACAGCAACACAUCGCCAAUGCGGCGCGAGGCUUCUACCCUCUGUUGAUGGAGCGUCUCGGUGACCACAAAGAACGAAUCCGAGCCCAGUCCGCGUCAAUAUUUACCGAGCUGUGGCCGAUAGCUGGCGAGGAUGUGGAAUACUAUGUGCUGCAAUGCGCUCUGGUGGGCAAAAAUCCCAGAGCAAAAGAAAUGAGCAUGCUUUGGCUGUCCAAUAUGACAAAAAACCACGGUUUAUUGUUCCGCUCGCAUGUACCGUCUCUGGUUGCAUGCUUAGAGGACGCCGAUAGUGCCGUUCGGGAUACGGCAAGAUUGGUGGUGGUGGAAUUAUUCCGAAAUGCACCUGCGAGAGCCAAAUCUGACCUGCAGAAACAGCUGGUCGCGCGCGGGGUAAGAAAAUCAAUUUCUAACGCCAUCCUCUCCGGCAUUGGGCUCGGCGCCGAUGAGCCUCAGACUGCCACUCGCCCUAUUUCCCACGCUGAGCGUCCGAUCUCAGUCAUGUCCUCCCGUUCACAUGCCAAAGAACUUUUAGAUGAUGAACCGGAAUUUUCGAAAAGUAGGCCCAUCUCGCGAAUUCACCACGACCGAUCAGCUCAAUCUGUUGAGCCUCCUUCGAGGCCUAAGACACCGGCUGAAACCCCUAUUUCUCAAAGUCCAUCUCAAGAAGAUGGCGUUGAGCCGCUUCUUGUCUCGUCUCCCCGGGACAUUGACGAUCUCGUGCGCGAUAUGCUUCCUUGGUUUGAUGGCAAGGAGUCGGAGGACAACUGGCUAAAGCGCGAGAAGAACGUUAUUCUAUUCCGAAGACUCACCUGCGGUAAUGCGCCUCAUGAUUUCUCCCAGAGCUAUCUUGGUGCUACAAAAACACUCCUUGACGGAUUCUUCAAGGUUGUCCAUUCCUUGCGAACGACGCUUUGCAGCAAUGGCUGCCUUUUGAUCCAAGAUAUCGCCCGAGUCUGCGGGCCUAGAAUCGACGGGAUGGUUGAAAUCAUGAUGCAGAACCUCAUUAAACUCUGCUCAUCUUUGAAAAAGAUUGCUGCACAGAAUGGCAAUGCAGCAGUUGAUGCGGUCCUAAGCAACGCAACCUACUCUAUUCGUAUCCUUCAACAUGUCCACUGGGCUUGUCAGGACAAGAACGUGCAAGUACGCUUAUUUGCUGCUGGAUGGCUCCGGACUUUGAUCACCCGACAAGCCCAUCAAAAGAGUACCGUUGAGCACGGUGGUGGUCUGGACCUCGUCGAAAAGUCAAUUAAGAAAGGCCUAGGUGAUGCCAACCCCGGUGCAAGGGAAGGUUUCCGUAGCACUUUCUGGACAUUCUACAGCGUUUGGCCUUCUCAGGCUAAUGCCAUAAUGGCUGAUCUUGACGCGAAAUCUCGGUCUUUACUGGAAAAAGAUGCGUCGAACCCGAAUGGAGGUAGAAAGCCCACCACUCCUGCAAAGGGUCCUGGUGGCCCCGGUGGAGCACGUUCGGCUCUCAGAGAUGUUAUUGCUGCUCGCAAAAAGGCUGCUAUGCCGUCCCGCCCCGAGUCUGCUCAAUCGGCUUUCGACACGCUAGAUCCUGCACCUAAGCCUGCGAUGCGCAGUGUACCCACCGGCGCGCCGCUUUCGUCCUUGUCAUCGGCACCUAUGCGACCUGGCGCGAAGCCUCGACGACCCGAAAUAAACCGCCCUGCAACUGCUGAUCCUUAUGCGUCCCGACCUGAAUCUCGAGCUGGUCAAACUACCAGUAAGCCGACCAGCUCGCCAAGAUCCGUGAGGUCCAAGACAUCAACGCCUUCUUCAAAACCGAUUAGUGCUCCUCGUCUUCGGCCCCACGAAGCUGGACAGACCGGUACCACCCGCGGCAAGCCUAAAAAGCUUGAUCUGUCAAAGUCAAAGUCUCACGGCGAUCUCCGUGCGGUCAGCCACUCGCGAAGCAAUUCUGACGAUAGCAUUGCAAACCAGAAUGCCCACCACGUGGAUCCACCGAUUGCACUGGAAGAUCAAGACUCGCCAGCACAUGUCGUAUUGGAAAGCCCUCCACUGGCCCCAUCUCAGCCACCGUCUCUUUAUCACGAACAGACCGAGAUUAGCCGUCAAGCCACACCGGAGCCUGAAGUGAAACCACAACCGCUCUCACCUGAAGAGGCUCGUAGUGAUACUCCAUCCCCACGUGCCGAAAUGUCGUAUGCAGGAUCGCCUUUGCGCCAUUCCGUUUUGAGAUCUGAACCUGAGCCAGUUGCCAGGAGUCAACCCGAGGAGAUGAUUAUAUAUGAAGACCCUGCUACACCUGUGGCUGCAGAGGCCCAUGUACCCGAAGCCGAACCUGAGGUGCUCUCGAUCACUGAAAGAUCACCGCGCUGUGCCGAAGAACAACAGUCCUACGAUGAGCCCAUUCCGACGACACCAGCCAGGUUGGAAACCCCGGCUAAAAACCCUGGUCUGGAAUUGGCUCCCACGCAAGGUAUGAUGGAUGGUGUGAAUGAAUCGUCGCCCCAAUCCGUUCGCAGGUCCCCUCUUCGAGGAAGCCCUUCUCCAUCGAGAAACCGAGCUCCCGCCACGCCUUCUGGCAGGGACUCUGCUUCUCCGCAGCGACCUAUUCCAGCGCCCAUCUUCGAGUCGAUAACCAAUAACGAGAAUGCCACUGCACAGCUGAACAAGCUCUCAACCCCACGACCUGUCACCAAACCAGGCGCCCUGGAAGAAAUGCCCCUGAACGAGACAGUCUCACAAACAAGGGGCCGGUCUGCUGAAUCUCCAAGCCAGAGUACAACAAGCGAGGAACCUGUUCGCCGUCGAAAGUGGGCUGAGCGGCAUCGAAGCCCAAGUCCUCGAUCUAAGGACCCCGCCAAUGCGCAAGAGAUGCUUGGAAAAGCUCUCAGCCGCAUCGGCUCUAAGACAAUCGAUAUUUCUGGAUACCGCAAGCUCCAAGGGCUUUUCCAGUACCACGGCGAAGAGAUCGUCACUCGCAACCAGGACUACUAUGCAAUGCUCGAUGCUCUGCUGGGUGAAUUGGAGUCGGCGCCCACCAGCCGAAAGGAUCACGAUGUGAAAACCCAAAUCCUGGCGACUAUCCGCUCCAUGCUCCUCCGGACAAGUGAGCUAUUUCACCGAUACGACGUCCGUGCAAUGGCGGCGAUCAUUCGCGCACGACGACACUACGAGUCGAGCUCACACUUUGUCACCUGUCUAGAGGAAGUGGCGGAGCAACUGGUCUCUCUGGUUUCAACCACUACAGUCAUUGACGGUGUCCUACGGGGUCUAGACCUGGGUGAGGACUCUCACAGCGAAGGGGCCUCCCGAUCGAUCAUCAUGGGUCUCUCGAUUAUCCACCAGUCUCUUUUCCAGGGGCCCGCCGAGAUCUCCGACGACACCUUGGUGACUGUUGGAACAGUGGUCAGCCAGCAAUUAGGCCAUCCCCGACCCGGAGUGCGCAAGCAGGCCACCGAGCUUUGUACACUGCUGAACCUCAAGUUCGGUCUGGACCGAGUGCAGAAGGCAACUCCAGCAGCUGGGGAGGGAUCGCUCAAUCUUCUCACGUAUUUCAUGGCUCGCCGGUCCCGAUAA